UCGAGAGCCUUGGUCACCGGAGACUUGCCAACGCUUGCCUCUAGCAAUGGGGGCCAAGACAUCGAGAGGGUUGAGCCCGGACCAGCUGAAAGAGCCCUUGCUUCCGAGCAGAUCUCAGGAGGCCUUUCGCGGACCCGGAGGAACACCCAGCAGCACAGUUUCGGCGCCGGCAAGCUUCAAGGCUGGAAAGCCACGAAAGACAAAAGACUUCAUCGGGGCUGAGAUCAGCUCGACGAGUUCAAGUUCGAGGCCUACUUUUGAACCAGAUGUGGACCCUCGACUACUCAGCGAAGAGCAGACCACACAUGCCAUCAGCGCGCAGGUGGCCGACCUUUUGUGCCGCUACGUGGAAGAGGGCAAGAGGAAGAACCAGGCAAAAGAGGGCGACGAGUUCCACGAGGACCGCUUCUUACGCCGCCGGUGCUCUUGUUUUCCUUGCUUGCCCUUUCCCCGUAGGGUGCCAAGCCCGUCAAAAGAAGCAAUUCUGGACUUCUUGAACAAGCUUUCAGACUCGCUCUACUUUUGCAAGCAGGUGGUAGUCCUUUGCGCCAUUUACAUCGAGCGGCUGCUCCAGCGGACCGACACAGUGUUGACCGUGGGCAACUGGAGAUCGCUGGUGACAGCUGGAAUGCUCGUGGCUUCAAAAGUCUGGGAAGAUAUCCACCCCUGGAACGCAGACUUUGAAGAGUGCCUCCUGGAAGUCGCAGGCAUACGAUACCGCAGCGGAGCGCUCUACCGGCUGGAGUCCCUUUUCCUGGAAAAGCUCGCGUGGCGCGUCUUUGUGGACGGCGAGGUCUAUGCUGCAUACUUCUUCUCUUUGGAGGAGGGAAGGCACAGAGAGGAGACUCUCAAGGCAUCCAACUCCCGACCUCGCUACCGCAGGCUUCAAUCGGACUGUGGCGCCCUGAGCUUCAUGCCCAUCAUCGAGGACGAGCCAAUGGCCGAGAGCGACACUGACAUCGAGAAGAGGAUAGAUGUUUGUGGCACUUUGCUAAGAAGGGCGCUGUCCUCUCCGCGAUAUGACUUUCCAGAGAUGAGCUCAUCCCGGAAGUCUUCCUUGUCAGAAGCAAAACACCUUGAUGGAGACUGCGUGCAGCGCAGUUCCUCCUUAGAGGAGAUUCGGUCAUGCUGGCGGUUGGAUGCAGGCAACCCACUCAUCGGGUCUUUGCGGCACGCUCCACGUGCUCUUGCUCCAUCCAAGCAUAUUCUUCAGACUGAGGAGAAGCUUUGGGCCCAUCGUCUGGCGACGAGGACCACGGAGUUGUUUGGGCAUCGCAAGAUUUCCUCCGAGGCUCACACGCUCUCUGGGGCGACUGGGAACCAGCUGCAAACAGAGCUGCUUCAGUACCUCAGCAAGAAGCGUGGAGAGGAGAUUGGUGGGAAGACAGAUAUCAGCGGCAAGAAGGACGGUGAGCUCAGCCUCAGUAUGCUGGAGGAGGCGGCGAUGUGGACAGAAGUGAAGUGAGAGAACCAAUUUUCUUCUUGCUCGCAAUAGAGCGUUGAGCGCACAUCCGUGCACAGAAUGCCUUUAGAUUCACAGCCCUAGCUGUUGUAAAAGGUCCUCCCGGUUUUCCAGGCGGCUGAAGUUGCCCGAAGGGAAAGACUGAAGAGGACCUGGACAGAAACUGUGGCUUUUCGUGGUCUUGUAGAUCACCAGAGCCGGACAUCCGAUCCGCUCCGUUUCACCCAGACCGGUCUACCGAAUAGCCUUUGAGUGGCGAGCAAGCCAUGCUACAUAGCGGAGCGAGCCGAAGCCUUUUGGCUCCUGGAAUUGCACUCUGA